AUGGGAGGAGAACACAAGUGUCCCCUCUGCUCGGCGACGUUUACUCGUCCACAACAUGUCGGUCGCCACCUGCGAGCUCACACCGGCGACCGGCCGUACGAAUGCAAGGAAUGCCCACUCCGCUUUGCACGCAGCGAUCUGCUCUCACGACAUGUCAACAAGGCCCACCCCAAGCCGGACGGCCAAGGAGGCGACAAGGGCAAGGACAAGCGAGGGAGACGGAGAUCGGUGCCGAGCCAGCACCCAGCAACCGGCGGAAUCGCAGCUUCACGACCGCCGCAACAGCAUCCUACCGCCCCGCCGCCCCUCGCCCACCCCGGCCACCCGCCGGAGCACGCUGCGUUCCAAGCGCAGAGAAUGUACCCUAACCAUCCUCUACUGCAGCAGAAUGUCACGACCUCGCCGUUGUGGACGCAGCCACCAUUCUCGAUUGGUCCAAGCAACCAGUUUGGUGCCGAUAACAUGCAUAACCUCGUCAUGCCCGGCGGCUUCGCUCCGAUGGGCCAUGAGCCAGUCAACCACCACGUGAGCUUUGACCCUCACCUCGCCCAAGGUGCUCCUCAUAUGGGAAUCGAUCUUGCCAUCAAGAAGCGCGCGUGCGAUCAGUGCAACCACUCCAAGGUGCGCUGCGACUGUGCAGAUCCAUGCACUCGCUGCGCCCAUAGGGCGAUCCAAUGCACUUACACCAAGCAACAACGUGUUCGUGGAAGCGGCUUCGGGCCACCUGUUACGACUGCCGUUGAACUUGUCCCCAACCUGCCACUGAGCGGCAUCUCACCGACAACUGUUAUCCGCAGCUCACCCAUGUCAUCGAGCCAGGCGCGGAUGCCUGGGCCCGACACCAUGGGAAACAGUGGCAUCGCAAUCGCACGCCCACUUGUGCCCGAUCCACAUCGCGACGCGAGCAUCCAGCAAACGAUCAGCGGUCAGCCUGCUGACAAUCCCGUACUGCACCAGUCUCCAGCCCGUCUCGCCAUGUCGUUGACGCCCGCACUCACGAAUUCAACGAGUCCUACCACUACCGACACCUCAUCAGACCGUCGCGGCUCCAACGGCAACUGGAUCCUUCCACUAAAUGCUGUUCCGAUCCAGUCACAUGGAGACUUUGGCGGUAUACAGAUGGACGGUGUUGGCCUGGCAUCCUCCUUCCAUGGCUCGACCAACCUCUUCAGAGCCCCGGCCGAGUCGCUGUACAACGACAGCGUCGCGUCCCCCAACUACGCCCCGACACUCUUGACGGAGGAUGAAGAGGCGUCACCCAUCAGUUGGGCGGACAAGGAUGUGAGAGGGCGUCGUCGCUUUUCCAGUGCUAGUGGUCAGUGGGCUGGCGCAAUGGACCAGCUGCAUCUCGACGAUCCCCAAGGCCAGGGGGUAACCUUUGACGCCAACGGCAACAUCCAGUUCAGGCUGCCACCACCGCAGCGCCAUAGCACAUUCCCCAUGGCUCCUGGGGAGAUAUCGGCCAACUUGUCUCGCACUCCCAGCGGCCAGGACGUCAACUUCUGGAAGCUAUUCCUCGAUCCUGCUGCGCUUGCCAGUCCAGAUAUACAGGAUGUGGCGCACUCUGCGGAGACGCCGCAUGGGCUGUCCAAGUCGAAUUCCAUGCCUGACCUCAAGACGCCGCCCAUUGUCACUGCCAACUAUACUCCACUCCAGUUCCUCGACGCGAUGUCCAUUCCCACUGCCGCGCCCGGUCAGCAGCAACAGCAACAGCAGCAGCAACAGCAACAGCAGCAGCAACGCGCCAACUCUGACGACACGGACAUGGAUCGCUGGCGUGACCACAUCCACCAACGGCACUUGAGCUUCUCGAUGAGCAUGGACCAGGCAGCGCUCAAGGGUUCGACUGGUGAGCUCGGUACUCCCACAUUCGCCUCAGGCAAUUCAAGCAUCAUGCGGCCUCCGCCCAACCCUCUCCAGUUCAAUGCUGCUAUGCAGCAGACGCUCGCGCCUGAGCGUACGCCUAGCUUUGGUCUUGGCGCUUUCGACGCCACGACGCCCAAGGGCAACCCUCGCACGCCGACUGCCCAGUUGCUGAGCAUGUAUAUGGGCUUGGACCGGCCAAACAACAAACGCAUGGCGAGCCAGAUCCUCGUUCCUGUCGCACUUCAAAAGCGGCAGCAGACGUACCCGCCUGACGAUGAAGUGUUUACCGACUCGAGCGAGAACUCGUCCGGCCGCUCGUCUUACAUGCCAGCACGGCCCGUGCCCUCCUCUGGGUUGCACCAGCCCUCUGUACCGCCCACCACGAUGGGCUAA